GAUUUAUUUCUGUCGACCAAUUGUGUUUGAUCAGGCAAUGGACAGCAACAGUUGGAGGGCGCCUCAAAGCCAGAUAGCUCAGGGUCCGCCUCAAGGUGGUCAAAUAGGCGGCAGUGGAGAAGUAUCGGCUGUCCCAAAUGCAGCUCCGCCGGCUACUAUUGACAGCGGCGAUUGGAGGACUCAACUCCAAGCUGAUUAUCGUCAAAGAAUCGUAAAUAAGAUAAUGGAGACUUUGAAGAGGCAUCUGCCAUUCGCUGGACAAGAGGGACUGCGAGAACUUAAGAAAAUUGCUGUGAGGUUUGAGGAAAAGAUUUAUAGUGCAGCAACUAGCCAGUCAGAUUAUUUGAGAAAGAUAUCAUUGAAGAUGCUGACAAUGGAAACUAAUUCCCAAAAUCCCAUGGCUAAUCCUCUACAAGCUAAUGCUGCCAAUGGAAGCAAAAAUCCUCCAGACCAAGAUUUUGAGAGUGGCCAGGAAGUAGAGUCUGAGCUUGUCAUUGAUAGACCUUAAUUAGUUGGGGGCAAGAACAUGGGCGUGUGAGUUGGAGAAGGUUGGCGCUUUGGUCUAGGUCCCUCGUCUUUUGUUCUAGUGUUCUCUUCUAGUUUUAGCGGUUUGACUUGAACUUGAAUCUCUUAUUAUAUUAUGGGUCUGUAUGGGAAUUUGAUGACCACGAAUGUAUAUAUCUAAAUUUCGAAUUUGCUAUUGCUUUUAUUAUCGAGAUUCUUGUAUUGUA